ACCCAUUCUUUAUAAUUGUAUUUUAUUUUAAAUUUUGGCUUCUUAAUUUAUUGAAUACAAUAAGUUGCUAAGUAAGCAUAAAAUAAGGUGCCUUCUUUUUUACUAAAAAUUGUGUAAAAAAAAUUAAUUUUAACGGCAAAUAAAAAUGGAUGUUAGUACAUUAUUUAAAGCAAGUGUAAAAACUAUUAGUCUUCGUAAUAAAGCUUUAGGUAUUAUUGAUAAUACACGAAAUAUAAAAAAGGCAAAAAAUAAAAGUGCCUUUUUUAUAAAAGUUCAAGGUGUUGUUGCACAAAUUUCAAAAUUACGCGAAUUUUUGUUGGAAAAUCGAAAAGCAUAUUUAAAUUUUUCUAACUACAUGUCAAAUAUACCAAGUAUGACAGAUGCUGAUCGUGAUAAAAUUGAUGUUGGUGCACAAAAAAUAAUGACUACUUGUUCCCAGUUAAUCAAAGAAUUAAAAAGAGAGAUAGCAAGUUCUGAAGUUUCUCCACAAAAUUUGGAACAUAGAGAAAUUAUGUUAUUGUUAAUUGAAGAUUAUUUGAAGAAUGUUUGCAAAAUUUAUUCAGAACAAAAAGCAAUACGAGUAAAAAGAGCAAUGGAAAUAAGAAAAAUUGCCAAAUUAGAACUGGAAAAAAAACCAAUUAAAGAAUUAGAGCAUAAAAUAAAAUCCAGUUCAAACACAAAUGAAAAAACUGAAGACAAAGAAAAUAAAAUUAAUUCUGAUGACUCAAGCCCUAUGAAAAUACAAGAAAUAAAUGGGGAUGUAAAUACAUUAAUAUAUGAAGAAGAAAUAUCACCUGAAGAUAUACAAGUAUUUGAGGCAGAAAAUGAACAAUUAUAUAAUGAACUUAAUACAUUAACAGAAGAAGUGAGACAUAUAGAAAGUAAAGUUGUACACAUAGCUGAACUUCAAGAAAUAUUCACAGAAAAAGUAUUAGAUCAAGAUAAAGAUUUAGAUCGUUUAAUGACAACGGUUGUUGGAUCGACAGAAAACGUGAAAGAAGCUAAUGAGCAAAUUAGACAAGCAAUUCAGAGAAAUGCAGGACUCAGAGUGUGGAUUCUUUUUUUUCUUUUAGUUAUGUCUUUUUCUCUAUUGUUUCUUGAUUGGUAUAAUCCAUAAAAUAAAGAGGUAUAUUAUUUUAUUACAUUUUCUUUGUACAAACAUCUGAAGAAUGUUGUAUUAUAUGUAAAAUAUUGAUAUAACACUUGUACACUCUGUUAUUCUGUAAAUGACAAUGAACAAAACAUUUGCCAAAAUA